CAGAGUUAUACAUUCACUUGUGUUUCAACAAGCAGCUCACUGAUCAGUUGCAUAAGGUCAGACAGUGGAUUGUUCUUGAUUUGGAUGAGAAGUCACAGACACUGAGGCUACUGAGGCCAGAGAGAUGGGGACAUAUCCAACCUUCGCAUUCAUCCUUCUGUUUUCAGCAACUCUGUCAUCCAGCUGUAAUGGUGGGAAAGUGCUAGUUUAUCCUGUAGAUGGGAGCCACUGGCUUAACAUGAAAAUCCUUGUGGAAGCGCUUCAUUCUAGGGGCCAUCAAAUCACUGUGCUACGUUCCUCCACCAGCUGGUAUGUUUCUGAAUUCUCACCCCAUUACACCUCCAUUACGGUCAUCCAGGAACAGCCCCAAAACAUAGAAAGCCAAGACUUGAUGUCCUCUUUCUUGGAGAGGUCACUUGAGAUCCGCCGGAAUGAAGGUUCACUAUGGGCAUUUUUUGAGUUUUAUAGCAACAUUUUCAACAUAAUAAGAGAAAACCAGCAAGCUGUGGCAAAAGUGGCCACCAGCAUCUUUGACAAUAAGACACUGAUUAAGGAGCUGAAUGAAACUGGAUAUGAUUUUGUACUGACUGACCCUACUUUUCCAUGUGGAGUGAUUUUGGCACACUAUUUCAAGCUUCCCUUGGUUCUAAAUGUGCGCUGGAUUGCAAGUGGGGAGGCACACUUUGCCAUUGCUCCCUCUCCACUGUCCUACAUUCCUGUAUUGUUUUCCCAUUACUCUGACAAGAUGGACUUUUUUCAAAGAAUGAACAAUCUAAUCUAUCAUGCCAUGUUGGUGUACAUGCACUACUAUGUGUCCGUUCCACCAUACCAGGCGAUAUGUGACCGUUAUUUUGGAAAUGAUGUCAGCGCCAUGACUCUAACACAAGGAGCUGAUCUCUGGCUAAUGCGGGUUGACUUUACCUUCGAGCUACCUCGUCCCACCAUGCCCAAUGUUGUCUACAUUGGAGGAUUCCAGGGUAAGCCUUGCAAGCCUCUUCCAUCAGAUUUGGAAGAUUUUCUGGAGAGUUCUGGUGAGCACGGGGUGAUCGUCAUGACCCUGGGGACUUUGCUUGGUGACCUUGGCCCUGAGAAAUCAGAGAUCGUUGCCUCAGCAUUUGCCAACAUCCCGCAGAAGGUUGUGUGGAGACAUUUCGGGAAAAGACCGGUCUCUCUGGGAAACAACACCAUGCUGGUAGAAUGGCUGCCUCAAAAUGAUAUCCUAGGCCACCCUAAAACCAAGCUUUUUAUUACACAUGGGGGAACUAACGGCCUGUACGAGGCCAUCUACCACGGUGUUCCAGUUCUGGGCAUUCCGCUCUUGUUUGAUCAGAACGACAACAUGGCGCGUAUGAAGGCUCGGGGUGUCGCUGAAAUAGUUGAUGUGAUAACACUGAAUGUUGAGUCUUUGACAAAUGCUCUGAAAAAUAUUCUCGACCCAGAAAAGCCGUACAAACAGAAUAUGCUCAAGCUGUCACAGCUUCAUCAUGACAAACCAAUAAAACCCCUUGACAGUGCAGUUUUCUGGAUGGAGUACAUCAUGAGGCACAAGGGUGCAGCACAUCUGCGCACUGAAUCAUAUAAGCUACCAUGGUAUGCCUAUCACUGUGUAGACGUGAUGGCAGUCUUUGUAACAUUUGGAUUGGUCAUCAUUUCAUUAUUCUGGGUUUCCUGUAGAUGUCUCAUAAGAUGCUUGGUAAGGACUAAAAAGUCCAAGCAAGAGUAGAUAAUAUGAUGACAAAGAAAGCCUGGCACUGUAGGAAUGUAAAGCAGGAAUUUAGAGUGCUAUAGUAAUGAUGGGAUAGCAGCAAUGGACAAUGUUUAGGAUUUAGAUAGCGUGAUAGAUCAGCUUUAUUGUCUGCCUUUUUUUACUGUGCUCCUGGCGAAUUUUACAUGAUUUGCAUAAAAUGGUUUGAUGAUGGUGCCCAGAUAGCUCAACAGGUUCAACGGGUGACCCAUGUACAGGGGCUAUGGUCCCGGACGCAGCGGCCGCGGUGCAAUUCCAACCAGCGGCUCAUUUGCUGCAUAUCCUUUCCCCACUCUUCUCCCCAUGUUUCUCUGUCACUCUGUCACAAAAAAAUCUUUUUAAAAAAUGGUUUGAUGAUUAUUGUUUUUAAUAAUUUCUGUAACUCACCACAAAUUCGCAUGUUGUAAUGUUUGUGAUUGGUUUGUGUUUGUGACUCGGCCUUUAGCAAAACGAAACCCCAGUUACCAGUACUUGCGUGGCAGCUGUGCUGUCAUUGGUGUGCGUGUGAAUGACUGAAUGAGAAACGCAUUGGGGUCAAAAGUUUCCACCUGACCCCCUCAGAAACACUUUUUCUUACAAUCAUCUUAGUAUAUUUAAAUUAGGGCUGGGACUUUAAUGGGUUAAUUUCGAUUAAUUAAUUGUUAAUUAGUUAACAUGGCGAAAUAAGAAAAAUGCAUUUGAUCACACCUUUCUCAGUUCCCCAAGAGAGUGUGUGAGUUAAAAUUUCAACUGGUUGCAUAGAUCCGAUAGUUUCUGCAGAGCCAGAGACUGUGCUCUCAGGACCCGCACCGUCAGGACCACACUUCUUCUGUGGCCACACAUUUCGAACAGCAUUGUUUGGACACAGUGCAUGGCUUACAGUUUUAAAGGAAGAUUUCACUCAAAAUAUACUUAUAAUUUAAAAGGUUUAUUCAAGGAUGAUUCCACAGAAUGUACUACUUCAUGUCCAAGUACCUCUAAUAUUAAAGGUUUAUUCCACCCAAA